CAAGAACACAAGACAAAUCUGUUGUAUGAUAUUAAGCAUUUCAUUUGCUCUUUUGGGAUUCAAAUUCACUUCAGGACAUCAAAGUGUCAGAGGUUCUUCCAGCCUUACAGAAGACCUGAGCCAUCAUAUCCUGGCAAAUUUCAAUCAAACAACAUGGCGGCAGAGAAAGCAGCAGCAGAAGAACCAAGGGCAACUCUACAGUUACCACUGACAUUAACAGUUACAAUUGUAACAGUUGUAGUAGUAGCUUAUGCAUUUAUGUCAGGAGUAGGUGAAGGAGUAGUCGGAGCAGCAGCUGGAGCAGCAGCUGCGGUAGGCAUUUUACAUUCACUGUGGGGAGAAGAAGAAAGAACAGAACUACUAGCAGUAGCAGUAACAGGAGUAACAGGAGGCAUAGCAGGAAUAGCAGCAGCAAUGUUGCGUUCAAUGGUAGGAGAACGUUCACUAACAGGAGCAGCAAUAGUUGGAGCCAUAGCAGGAGCUGCAAUAGUUGCAAUAGCAGAAACACAAUUACAAUGGGUUAUAAAAAUGAUAAAGCGUCUAAAAGAUGCAUUGAAACUGUUUGUAGGAGUAUGUGUAGUAACAACAGCAGUAAUUCUAUUAAAAUGGGCAAUAAAUACAAUAAAAUGGGUAAAAGAUCAAAUAAAGUUGGCAGCAUCCCAAGUAAAAGCAGCAGCACAAUGGAUUAUAGAAGCAGCAAAAAAAGCAUUCAACACAUUAGCAUCAUUUGGAGCAUCAGGAUUAGCACUAACAGCAGCAGGAGUAAUAGCCUCAGUAGCAUUAGCAUCAGCAGCAGCAUCAGGAUUAGCAGCAUUAGCAGGACUAGCAUCUGGAUUAUUUGGAGGAUUAUUGGGAUUUGUGUUAGUACUAGCGGCAGGAGCAGCAAUUUUUGGAUCAGACUGGAGAGGACAAUCAAAUCAGCAGCAGACUCAAGGAGCAGAUGUGAUGUUACCAACUGCUGCUUUUUUGCUUUUGGUUUUAUUUUGUUUUCUUGUUACCUCUGCGGGUGUGUUUCGAUGUUGCUGUUUAUUGUUGUUUCUCUUCCUGUUCCUGUGGUUUCUGCUGUGCUACCGCUCUGAAAAGCACUGAUCUUGUUCAUUAAGAAGGUGACCAGUAUAAAAGCCUCAAAAAGGUCUCAAAAAUGAAUAUGAAAGGACUUGUCUCCAUACAGGGACUUUUUUCGCCUGCAUCAGUCAUCAUUUUGGCCUAGCUUAUUUCUUUUAGCCAUCUAUUAUUGUGCAUUCAGCGUACUCCUGUUAUUGUAAGGUCAUUGUUCUGCUACUUAUGUCACUUCUGUGUACUACU